AUGACUGAGACACUGACCAUGGUAGCACAGGAGCAAGCACUAGAUCCAUCGAAACAAGGUACGAUAGGACUUAAAUGCAGACCACGCAAAACGCCUCAGAAACGGGCUGAAAGAGAAAAUACAGAAGAUUUGGAACGUAAAACAAUUCCAGUGAUAAUUGGAUCACUUGGAGUUGAGACCACUAGACUAGAAAAGUUGCUUCAGCAGAUUCCAAGAACAACAUCAGAGAUCUCUAUCAAGAAGAGCGUAACACUAGCACUAAGAACAGCUAAUGUAGUGCGCGAAACUCUCAAUCUCCCAGGCCUCUUGUAA